CACCCGGGGCGGCCGCAGUUCACUGAUCCGACGAGGGCCAUGAACACAAACGUAGUCGUCGAGCCCAGCGGACAGCGGUCCGGUCAGCAAUGUAAUCGAAGGACCGUCGACAAAUUGUAUUGGAUCGUUGUUGCCGCAGCCGCCGCCGCCGCCGCAGCCGUCGUCGACGUUUAGUUUUUAUGGUAAGUUUGGUGUUACCAGCGCCCGGACUUUUGGGGAACCAAAAGGCCUAAGAGCCUGCGUCUUGUGCUAAUCAGACGCGUCUAGUGCCCCCGUGUGUUCUUGGGUGCACACCUACUAGGCGACUGUAAUUUCCCAAGUCCCGACUGGCCGCCUGAAGAUGACAUGUUUCUGUCGUUACUCUUCCGAAAACGCUCUGAAACCUCUCUGAAAUGACUGAAGGUCUUCAGGCCCGAGCAUCAGCAUAGGGUGUCCUUCUGGUUUAGUGCGGUGUCCCCUGUGCUGACAAGGAAAUUUAGAUUCAGUGGGUACGGUAUUGUUUGUUCCGGGGUUAGUACUGUUCUCGGAUAGAUCUUGCCAUUGUACUGACUUGAGAAACCACAGUGUUUUAACUUGACACUCAAACGACCGGUAUACAUUGUAUCUGUUAACGAUUCGGAUAUGUUUGGCUCUUCGUCUUCUAGUCUAUGAAUAAUGUGUAAUGUUGUAUUAUGUGAUUUUUUCACUAAUUCUUGGACUAUUUGUAACGUUUAGAUAUCACUGCGGCCUUAGAUAGUAGCACAGUCAGUCUAUCAUAACUUUGGUUAUUAUCACUUAAAUGUUGUGUACUUGUCAGAUUAGGAUAUUUUAUUUUUUAUUAUUUUUGAUAAUUUGUAAUUGCUUUUAAACAAUAUGAAUUCUUUUUCAGGAUAAUUGGAAAAUGCAUAGCUGACAAAAUGUUACAGAUUAAAAAAGAAGCCGUAAGUAAUAUUUUUUCCUGUGUUUUAUCAGUUGGAUAUCAUAAUGUAUUAUACCAAUGUAAAAUGAGAAUAAUUUUAUUGUUUUAUCACAAUUCAUUUGAUUGAUUAUUGAAUAUUAUAUAUCUAAAUGUCAUUAAAUCAAUUUUACUCAAUAAAAAAUUUCAGGAGAUUAAAAAAAAAAAAAAAAAAAAUUGAUUUUAUAUUAAUAUUUUUAUGCUGAUAUCUAUGAAUUAUUCCAAAAUUCAAAUCUAACUAACAAAAAUACAAUAUUAUAGACAAAUUUAAUAAUAAUAUUAUAAAAAUAUUCAAUGUACCUACACAAAUUUAAAACAAUAAUUUUAUCUCUGUAUUAACAUUUGGUUAGAAAAUUAAUUAUUAUGAUAACAUGGCUUGUUCAUAAAAUAGAAUUAACUAUAUAUUUGCACUUUUAUUACCUAGUUAUUAAUUUAAUUAUGUUUAUUUGUAUUUAUACAUAUUAAAUUUGGCAAACAUUUGUUAUUGCAAUUUUAGAAAACUCAAUUACUUAAUAUUAACCAUAAAGUUAACUUUAUAGGUAGUAUAUGAUAACCACUAAUCCAUGAUUUAUUAGACAAUUAUUAUUAAUUUUUAUAUUGAAAUAUCUUUCACUUCAAAGCUUAAAGGAGAAAAUAAUAAAUAUAAAAUAGAUUUUAUUAAUCUUUAAAAUGUUUUUAUUGUUAUUUUUUAGAAAAAAAGGGAUAGCCCUGAGGCUCCUACUCCUGAUAGUACAACUGUUGAAAGCAAGAGUUAUAUUUGUGGAGAAGAAGUAUUGGUUCAUCUAAAUGAUGAACGAUUUUAUCUAGGAUUUAUAGCUAAAGUAAAUAUUAAUAUUUUAAUUUCAAUAUCAAAUUGAUAUAUAAUCAAAUUUUAUAUUUACUUUUAGUUGAGAUAUAAAGAAUCAAAAUGCUUAAUUAAAUUUGGUGAUAAUACUGUAAAAUGGGUGUUCUUAAAAAACGUCACGCGGAUGACGUGUACAAGUACUGCAUCUCAAUUUUGCAAUGUGUGCAAUAUAGAAACUAUGGCAGAUGAUAUGUGCGUAUGCGACAAAUGUGCCAAUGCAUAUCAUCGUAAAUGUCACAAGGUAAACUAAAUUUGUUAUUGGUAUAAUAUUCUAUUAAAGAAUUAAUAGAUUAUAUUUAUUUUAUAAAUAAAAAAAAACCAAUUUCAUAAAUAACUAAAUAUGAUUGUUUGAUAUUUUUAUACCAACAUAAGAAUAAUUUACAAAACAUCUUUUAUACAAUUGUCAAGCAAUUAUGUAAAGCUUAAAUAAUUGUAUCAAUAUAAAGCCAAAAUACACGAAAAUGUAUAAAACUAUAAAUAACUCAACAAAUGGUUAAAUAUUUCGAAAGUAAGAGUAUAUAAGUAUUCUGUGAAAAUUACAGGUGUCUACAAUUUGUUCACAAAAAAAAAAAAAAAAAAAAAAUCAUUAACUGAAACUGUUAUUGUAUAAAUACUUUUUUUUCUGGUUUUUCUCAUUAAGUAGAGUACAAAGAAAAUAAAAAAAAAACUCUUGCCUAUACACCAAAUGGAAAAAAUUUGCUACCUAAAUCCAUAUUAGAUGAUGAUUGGAGAAUAUUUAGUUAUAGAAAGAAAAUAAAAAUUUAAAAACUAAUACAUUAUUUGCUUUGUUCAGAAUCUAAUUAAAAAAAACAUUACAAUCCUUGUUUUGGUCAGAAGCUAAAAAAAAUUUAACUGGAAUGUUAGUUAAGCAAUAAUUCCAAAACUACCAACAAUAUGACACAAUAUUAUAUCACACAACAGUGAUUUUGACAAAAACCUAAAAUUGUAUUUAUCGCUUAUUAAUAAUUAGUUUCCUAGCAGUAUAUUUUGUUGAUGAUAAUCUAAAAUCUAUAUUCUACUUAAAUUUAAUAUUGUGAAGAAUAUCUCUUUAAAUUUUGAAUUAACAGAGCUAUUAUCUUAUAUAAAUCUAUAAUGAAUUUCUGUUCACUACAUGACAAAGCUUUUGUGAAAUUGAUUUCUAUUUUUGUUAUUUUAGAUUUCAGAGUUACUUUUAUUCUUUUAUAUGUUCUAUCUAGUUGUUAGUUUUAAAUUCUGAAUGGAGUGAAAAUGCUUAUGGUUUUAUAAAGAUGUUUUUAUUUUUUAUUUUCGGUGGACAACUUUUCUACAAACAAUUUUAGUCCAAUUUCCAAUGAUAGUACUUUUUCUAAAAGGAAAUUUGACUGGGAAAGUACUUUUUGGAGGUAAUUUUUUUAUUUUCCUAAGAGUUUUUCCAGAAAAUGUGAAAAACUAGAAAAUCGGUACAUUAUAUGAAUAUUAUUAAAAACAAAUAUACAAUGCUUAUUUAAUUAUUUUUCCAUAAUAUGACAUAUAUUGUUGACAAAACAUCACUAUCAACUGAACUCCGCUCAGAAUAAUUUUUUCAUUAGCAAUGGUUUAUCGUUGCUUACAGGUAUACAUUGAAUUACCUAUAACAGUUGGCUGCACCUGUCCUCAUUAUCCUAGGACAGCUUUUUUGUAAUAUAAUUAUACUAAGUAUUUUACCUUUUAUUUUUAUUCUUUAAAUAUGUAUAAUAUUUAAUAUAUCUUAAUUAUACAUAUAAUAAAAUAUAAUAUUAUACUUAUGUAUUUAUAUUUUGUCUAUUUAUUGACUAAUGAAAUGUAUAGUAUUAUUGCAUUAUUGAAAUUGGUUACAAUUGGUCAUUCAUAUCACAUAUUUAUUUAAAUUAACUUAAAUUUGUUAUCAGCCCGAAGUUACAGUUUCGGAUAUUUCUAUUUGGAUGUGUUUCUCGUGUAAAGUAAAACAACAGAUUAAUAGACUGGAAGCUAUAAAUUCUAUAUCAAGUACAGUUGCUCCAAAAAUUGUUCCAAAAAUAAUUAAAUUGCCCUAUGAUGUAAGAUAUUAGAUAUUUAAUUUAGACAAAUGUAUAUUUGAUAAUAUUAAUUUUCAAAUUAAUUUUCCAGUUGAAUUCUCUUCAAUGGGAUAUUCACCAUCGUAUCAACAAUUUAGGAACCUACUGUUAUUGUGGAGGGCCUGGUGAUUGGUUUAUAAAAAUGUUGCAAUGUUGUAAAUGUUUACAGUGGUUUCAUGAAAAAUGUGUUACUUCGUUAAUAUAUCCUUUGUACCUUGGCGACAGGUAUAUAAUAAUAUACAUGUAUUUAUUUAUUUAUUUUUUGUGGUUUAUUUGUUAUGAUUGCAAUAAUAAUAUCAGUUUGAUGUAUAGUUUGUUUAGUAUAUAUUGUUUUCAGAUUUGUCUAAUUUCUGUUUUUAUUUUUUUUUUUCAGAUUUUAUAUUUUUCUGUGUUCAGUGUGCAAUUUAGGUACAGAGUUUGUACGCCGUAUUGAAUUGGAAUGGUCAGAUUUAGUUCAUCUUGUCCUCUUUAAUAUGAUUGCUUUUAAACCACAGAAAUAUUAUGAUGUGGACAUAAACAUACUUCCGUACUUAGAUAAUCAUUGGACUUCAAUGUAUUUACCUCCUAAAGUAUGUUAUUUUUAUGUAAAGGUUUACAAUAACUUUUUUUUUCAAAAUUGGUCAGUGUAUAGUAGUCAUUUUCAUUAAAUUACAUAAUCAUGUUUCAUUUAUAUAAAAUAAUUUGUAUAAGUGUUAAAUUUGAUUACAGAUUCUUGAUGUUCCUGUUGAUGACAGGAAAGUAUAUGUUGUCAAUGCCCUGCUCAAAGACACCAAGCAGUAAGUAUUUUGUAGUGCAUUUUAAUUUGAAAUAUAAAUAUUUAGUGUAAACUUGUGUAUAUUUUGUUUUAUUUGUAUUAAAUAUUGUAUUGUGCUUAUUUCUAUUACAGUAGGUUCGAAUUCCAGGGUAAAAAACCCACCAACAUGUGGGGACUCCGACUGAAGUCGCCACCGAAACCCCCACGGUUUUCGUUACCCGCACAAAUUCCAAUUAAUGAGAAUAUUAUGCACCACCAAUUGCGCAAUAAACUUAACCUCAAUAUAUUACCACCACCAAAAAAGUAAUAAAUUUAAAUUUCUUAAAGUCUAUUAGUAUCCUAAAUAUCCUAAAAAUGUCUACAGAGAAAGUAAAUAAUUAUAAUUUGUUAUCAAAUUAAAAUAUUCAUCUCUUUACACAUUUGAUAAACUUUUACUUUUCUAAACUCAAUGAUAAAAUUCUAGGACUGAUCUUGUAAUAAAUCAACAACUUACUGAAUCAAUGUAUUCAGUGGAAGGAUUAAAAUUUCUACAUCAAGAUUCACAUGUUGUUAUGUUACCAAAACGCCUUCCAUCAGCACAUAAUGUAAAUAAUGAGUAUUCUUGUUUAUAUUACACAAUAAUGUAUAAUAUUUAUAAUAUUAAAUUAAAGUAGUCAUUUUUGUGUAUUAAAGCAUUUUCUUGGUAAUAUACUUUGGAUAUAAUUUGUUUUAUCACUAUGUUUUUAUAAUUUUUUGUGUAUGUAUGUACUAAGUUUGUAUUUCUUUGUAUAGGUAUGUAUCAAAAGUGCGAGCCCAAUUGUACCUGCUCCAAGACCUGUCAUUGAAAGACGGAUCAGGGAUCAGGAACUAAAUAAAAGAGGUUCUCGAAGUUCGAGUGUUACUACUAACAAAGUUAAAGUAAGUGCUUGCCCUGAUUUCAAAUCAAUAGAAUUUGAUUUAUUUACUUUUAAACAUUUUAGAAAACUGCAACAAAAAAAGAAAAAGUUCCUGAAAGUCGAUCACCAUCACGAUCAACUGAAAGUACUCCAGAAAAAUAUGGGUCUGCAAGUGAAGAAGAAUUGUCAAGUGAAGAUGAUGUAGAUGAUGUCGAUGAAGACCUGGACGAUGAAGAUGAUGCUGAUUCGUCUCGCACAACAGAUCUUCAAAGCCGCCGUAGUCAAAGAUUAAGUGUCAAUCGCUUAUUAAAUGGGCGACCAUUGGCUAGAUCGUCACUUCCACGUGAGACACGUUCUGCUUCAUCAAUUACUUUGCCACUCUCUUUAGCACCAGUAAUUUCUCGACCACAAGUCCGCACAACUAAGCGACGUUUGAGUGAAAAAGAUUUGCGUGUUGAUCGUAAUGGACAAUAUUUAGUAAAGCGUAAACGAUUACGUCGUAAUGGUUUACAAAAUAGUGGCUUAACUCCUACAAAACGCCAGUCGAAAUCCAAUUGUAAUGGCCGUACAAUGUAUAAAUCAUAUUCAGAUUUUUUCGCUAAUCAUGGUCACUCUGUGAAUAGGCCUUGUUCGCCUGAUAAUAAUGUUGACUCUACAGCUGAUCUUAAAACUCUUGUACAUUCUUAUUUUGGAGCUAGCAAUAGAAUCGCUAAUGGAGAAGACUAUAAAAUUAUGUGUAAAAGAACUAACCCGGAUGGAUCAGAAGAAUUUUUAAUUAGUUGGGAUUAGUGUAUUCUAUAAAAAAAAAACAAGGGAAAAACAACUGUAAUUGAGAACAACUUUUAAUUUUUAAUUUCCCGAAAAGAGGAAUUUUAGAUCAUUUCAUCCUCAAGGAUUUUGAUGGUUAUAGUGAAAAUGUUUUGGCCUAAAAAUUCUACACAUUACUAAAAAUUAGGUUGUCUACUGUUAUUAUCAACGUUCCUGAUUUAAUUCUUAAUUUCCUAUUGCUAUUGUAGAGUUUUAUUCAAUUUAUAUCUAUUGUACUCAAUAUUAUUUUUUUGACGGAAUGUUGACAGUAAUUAGUUGACACAAUAAUGAUUCCUAUUUACAAACAUUUGUUGCAUUUGACUUGGCUCAGUUAUAGGCCAUUAAUACACUAUCCAAACGUUUUAUUGUAGUCAAUUCUUGCAAAAUAUGUUUUGGAUAUUGUUAUUAAAAAUGAUGGCUUUGUUAAAAUGUUAUGGCAUUUGUCACUAGUGAAACACCUAUAAUAAUUUCCUACUACUUAUUAAUUACUUUCAUAAGUUAGUGAAUGUUUAUGGUCGCACAUGGUUUAAGUUUUAACUUUUUGUUGGGUGUACUCAAGCGGGUGUAAAAAAAGAACAAUUUGUAUGUAAAUAAUUUUUUUUUUUUGUAACGUAAAUUGUGUUCAUAUUUAUAGUUUAGUGAUAUUGGCGCAUUAGCUGUUUUGGUAAUUUUUGGGUGUAAUUACCAUUUCACAUUUUACCAGUCCUCAACCCAUCCCCUUAGGUUUUUUUUCUUAAAUUUUUUUUAUAUAAGUUUUAAAAAAUGUUUCAUAUAAAAGUUGACUUGAUUUAAUAUUUAAGCAUUAGUUAAAUCUAAAUUCACUAUCAAAAUAUUGGUUCAUGUAAUUAUAAGAUAAAUUAUAACAUUAGACAAAUUUAUUUACAAUUUAGGAAUGGAAUAAAAUUGUUUUUUUACCUAUACUUAAUGGGUUCUUCUUUAGUAUCGAGUAGAUAAAUUAAAUAUCAUUUUUACCUACAUAAAUAUUAUUUUUAAUUUUAUUAAAAACAGAAUUGUCUGCGUGAAGACUGAAAACUCAAGUGUCCAAAUCGUAUUGAAAAUGAUUAUUUUUGGUAAUGGUUUUAAAGUCAUAGCGUUUGAAAACUUAAAAAUAAGUUAUAUUAAUAUUAUGGGUAUUUUAAAAUAUGUACUAAGUAUUUGUUCUGACAUUCUAAGGGUUUUAAAACAUGUAGAUCUCGUAAACAUUUUCUUUAGUGCUUUUUUUUUUUUUGUUGUUAUGCAUUUUACAUGUAUAUGUUUCAAUUUCUAUAAUAUUAUCAUUUUGGAAAACUUCAAAUUAAUAUUUUCACCAAUUUUCAAAAAAAUAUUCCUAUGUAAAAUAUUAAAAAAUAUUUUUUCGAUAUUUUUCUUUAUUGAAUAAUCUUGGUAAACAAUUAUAUAAAAAGAGAGUACAAUUUGUUGCCAUAUGUAUUAAGCUCAUUCUAUUAUAAUUAAUAUAGGUAUAUAUUAUAAUAUAUACAUAUAUAUUUUUAUAUUACAGUUUUUAAUUAAAGUACAAAUACAAAUAAAAGUGAUUACUAAAAAAUAUUUUUAUUCAUCCAGCCAAUUUUCUUUUAUAUAAAAUUAUCAAUGAUUAUUUUGUAUGUACGUAAAUUAUCACUGCCAUUAAGAUGACUGAUAAUUAUAACAUUUAGGCUUUAAAUUUUUGGUUUUAGUUUUUUGGCUACCUGAAAUAAUUAUUUUUUAACAUUCUACUAAUUUUCUUUGACAUAAAUAUACAUGUUCCUAUAAUUAUUAUUUUUCAAUAAAAGAAAAAAUAUUGAUUUAGUAUUCCAAAUUGUACGUAGUACUUAUGAAGUGAAGUAACCCAAACUUGAUAUUAAUUUAAAUAAUGUAUACCUACUGCAUUUAUCAUUUUUUUAUAAUUAUGUUUGUUUAAUUAAGUCUGCAUUUCCGAUUUAUAUAUUUUAGAACAAAUUAUAUUUUUUUGUUCAAUCUUAAUUUUAUAUAAUCAAUUUAAAAUUUGUUGUGCUGUUUUUAUGACAGAUGAUACUUUUUAGGACCCUGUAAAUCUUUUCGUGUGAUAAUUUGUAUUUAUUUAACAUUAUAUAUUUAUAUAUAAAAAUACAAAUAUAUUUUUUUUCAACAUUUUUAAGUUUUAAAGAAUUUUUGUUUCAGUGGAAUAUUAAAAACUAAAAAAGGUAUUUGUUUUUUUCUAGUAUAUAAAUAUGUAUAUUUAUAUAUUUUUUAUGUCAUUGUGUGUAUUUUUAAUAUAACCUAAUGCAAAUACAUUUCAUAUUCAAUAAUUAUUCAAGUUUUCCACUUUAUAUCUAAGCAUUGUGUUAAAAAUAUUUACAUUAUUUUAAAUGUACCUAUUGAUAUUUUUGAAAUUUGUGCGAUUGAAACAGUGAUAUUUCAAUUUCAAAUUGGUAUCUAUUACUUUUGUUACAAUUUUUAAAAAUAUAUCAUAUCAAAUCGUGUAUAGGUAUUUUAGUAAUGAUACUAAUUGCAAUACAAUAUCUACAAUACUUCAAAAAGAAAAAUAUGUACACAUUUAUUUUACAAUAAAUUGUAGCAAUUUAUUAUUCUCAGUAUCAGGAUUGCUCUGUAUCAGUAUGAGAUUUAAUCUCAUCUUAAAAUUAGGUUUAGCAACAAUUAUUAAUACAAAUUAUACUGGUUGUUUUUUUAUUUAAACCAUUGUGUAUUGUUAAAAAAAUUAUAUGAGAUUUGCCCCUCCUACCAAAAAAAAAAAAUCCUGGUUGUGCCAAUGCUAUAUAUAUUAAUACCAUUUAACGUUUGAACUAAAAAUGCAAUAGUAAAUAAUAAGAUUAAAUAAAUAGUGUUAUGUACAAAAUUCAUUGUUUAAAAAAAAACAAUACAUAUCAAUAAUUUGUAGUAUUCAAAUGUUUGAUUGACAAUUAUUUAUUUGUGUAACAUAAUUUUGUUAAUGAUUAUCUGUUAUCUUAAAUUGUUCUUAUAGGUUUGCACCUGAAUCUCA